UUACCGCCAGACUUGGUCCUCCAGCGCCAGCUGCGGCGGGAGCGCGGCUCUCCCGGGGCACCGCGGGCACCUCACCGCCGCGACGGGGCGGCCGCCCGCUCGCACAUGCCUCCCCACCCACCGCGCUGGCUGCCCGCCGUUCCCCCGCGCCGGUAGUGGGAGGCAAGCAGGGGGAAGCGCCCCCUCCUCGCUCUGCUCUCCUCUCCUCUGCACUCCCCUCCCCGCCCCGAGCGAGCACCGCCGGUCGGGAGCGCCGCUCCCCCGGCCGCCCCGCCGCUCCCAUGAUGACUGCCAAGGCAGUGGACAAGAUCCCUGUGACUCUCGGCGGGUUCGUGCACCAGCUUCCCGAGGGAAUUUACCCCGCGGAUGACAUCGCCGCCGCGCUGCCAACUUCGGUCGCGAUCUUCCCCAAUGCCGACCUGGCAGGACCGUUUGACCAGAUGAGCGGUGUGACAGGAGACGGCAUGAUCAACGUGGACAUGGGUGACAAGCGAUCCCUGGACUUGCCCUACGGAGGCGGCUUCGCGCCCAACGCUCCGGCCUCCCGCAAUCAGACCUUCACCUACAUGGGCAAAUUCUCCAUCGACCCACAGUACCCCGGUGCCGGCUGCUACCCCGAGGGCAUCAUCAACAUCGUGAGCGCGGGGAUCCUGCAGGGGGUCAGCACACCCUCCUCCGCCGCCUCCUCCGCCGCCUCUGCUGCCUCCUCCGCCGCCUCCUCGUCGGCCACCGCCGCCUCCGCCGCCUCCCCCAACCCGCUGGCCGGGGCCCUUGGCUGCACCAUGGCGCAGGGCCAACCAGCAGACCUGGAGCACCUCUACUCGCCGCCGCCACCGCCCUACUCGGGUUGCGGCGACCUGUACUCGCAGGACCCUUCCUCGGCCUUCUUGCCCGCCGCCGGCGGCGGGGCGCUGCCUUUUCCCCCGCCGCCUUCCUACCCUUCCCCGAAGGCAGCGGCAGCCGACGGCGGGAUCUUCACCAUGAUCCCCGAGUACGGCGGCUUCUUCCCGCCGCCCCAGUGCCAGCGCGAACUGCACGCCGGCCCCGAUCGCAAGCCCUUCUCCUGUCCCCUCGACUCGCUCCGAGUCCCGCCGCCCCUCACGCCGCUCUCCACCAUCCGCAACUUCACCAUGGGGGCCCCCCCGGCGGGCGCCGCCCCCGGCAGCGCUCCUGGCGGCGGCGGGGGCGAGAGCGCGGGCGCCCGUUUGCCCGCCGGCGCCUACAGCCCGCACCACCUGCCGCUGCGGCCCAUCCUGCGGCCCCGCAAGUACCCUAACCGGCCCAGCAAGACGCCGGUCCACGAGCGGCCCUACCCCUGCCCCGCCGAGGGCUGCGACCGCCGCUUCUCCCGCUCCGACGAGCUCACCCGGCACAUCCGCAUCCACACGGGCCACAAGCCCUUCCAGUGCCGCAUCUGCAUGCGGAACUUCAGCCGCAGCGACCACCUCACCACCCACAUCCGCACGCACACCGGCGAGAAGCCCUUCGCUUGCGACUUCUGCGGCAGGAAGUUCGCCCGCUCCGACGAGAGGAAGCGGCACACCAAGAUCCACCUGCGGCAGAAGGAGCGCAAAGGAGCCGCCGCCGCCGCCGGGUGUCCGCAGCCCGGCGGCGGGAGUGGUGCGGCCCCUCUGGCCCCCUGCGCGGCGCGGACGCGGACGCCCUGAAAGCGCGGAGCGCGCAGGACCCAGCGCUGAGCCACCGCCGAGCGCGGUGCGGCGGGGCCCGGAGGGGCGCGGUGAACAGCUGGCGGCGCCGUGAGGCUCCCCUGCGCCGGGCAGAGGCGGGUCGGGCCGGGCCGGCGAGUGUACAUAGGGACUGCGGCGGGAGGAUGGAUGCAUGCAGUGCCGUCGUGGUGAGUGAGGUGUCCUUGGUGCCUUGUGUGGUGUAGAGCCCGGUCCCCUGUCUGCAUGUGGGGGGUGCCUUACCGAUCCGCUCCGACAACAGCGGUGAUACCAAGACCGGAAAGUUUUCCCUCCCUGGUUUUAGUCUGGCUGUACAUUUCUGCCUAUUAAUAUUGGGAGGGGUUUUUGUUUUGUUUUGAUUUUUUUUGUGUUGUGUGUUUGGUUUUGAUUUUUUUUUUUAAGAGACUAUAUUUUUGUACACACUGUUUUGGGGGGGUUGAUUUUGGUUUUCUUUUUGGUGACUUAAAAGUGUUAACGUUUGUAGUCGGACUUGGGACGGGAUGUAAAUACUGUGGCUAAACCGAUGCCUGUUGUCGGACCUGGAGCGCAGCCAGAUAACACGAAUAAUGCACAACCACUAACGGGAGCUGGAAGGAGAGAGGGUUUCUUUCUGGCUGCUCUGUAAAUAAACUUUUCGACAGUAGGGUAGGUGCUUACAGCGUUUAUAAAGGAUGACAAAUAAAUCUCUUAAUUAUGCUAAA